GAAAUUAGAACCACACAUCACAGAAGAAGAUGAAUUAUAGAAUGAAGUUGUGUGCCUUCUCCUUCUUCCUGCUCCUCUUGUUUCAGAAAUCCCCGGCUCAAAAUGCUACUCUCGACCCAUCUGAAGUGGAAACAUUGAAUUUUCUGUUCAACAAAUGGAACAUGACCUCAACAGAAUUUUGGAACAUGAGUGGGGAUCCAUGCAGUGGACCUCCUAUUACGCCGAGUCAAUACGAUGAUAUUUAUUAUAAACAAGCUAUCAAAUGUAAUUGCACUUUCAAUGACAAUACCACCUGCCAUAUCACACAUCUGAAAGUACUAAAUUUGAACAAAACGGGAUUAAUUCCAAAGGAGCUCACAGCACUAACUUUUCUUAGUGAUUGUAAGAAUCUUCUCAGUCUUUCUCUGUCUCCAUUAAAGUUAGAGGCUUGA